AUGGAGGAUGGCCUGGAAGACCCUCUGGAGGAUACCGGCCUGGUGCAGCAGCAGCUGGACCAGCUGUCUACCAUCGGGCGUUGUGAGUACGAGAAGACAUGCGCACUCCUCGUGCAGUUGUUUGACCAGUCUGCCCAGUCCUAUCAGGAGCUGCUGCAGAGUGCCAGCGCCAGCCCGAUGGAUAUCGCGGUGCAGGAAGGAAGGCUGACGUGGCUGGUUUACAUCAUCGGCGCAGUGAUUGGUGGCCGGGUUUCUUUUGCCAGCACUGAUGAGCAAGAUGCUAUGGAUGGCGAGCUCGUCUGUCGGGUGCUCCAGCUGAUGAACCUAACAGAUUCUCGCCUGGCUCAAGCGGGUAAUGAGAAGCUAGAAUUGGCCAUGCUGAGCUUUUUUGAACAGUUUCGUAAGAUCUACAUUGGGGACCAGGUGCAAAAAUCCUCUAAGCUGUACCGCCGACUCUCCGAAGUUCUGGGCUUGAAUGAUGAGACUAUGGUCCUAAGUGUCUUCAUAGGAAAAAUCAUCACCAACCUGAAGUACUGGGGCCGCUGUGAACCGAUCACCUCCAAGACACUACAGCUUCUCAAUGACCUCUCCAUUGGAUACAGUAGUGUAAGGAAACUAGUGAAGCUUAGUGCGGUACAGUUCAUGCUGAACAAUCACACGAGCGAGCACUUUUCAUUUCUGGGUAUUAACAAUCAGUCCAAUCUGACAGACAUGCGGUGUCGGACUACCUUCUACACAGCACUUGGGCGUCUCCUCAUGGUGGAUUUAGGAGAGGAUGAAGAUCAGUACGAGCAGUUCAUGCUGCCGCUCACAGCAGCGUUUGAGGCUGUGGCCCAGAUGUUUAGCACUAACAGUUUCAAUGAGCAAGAGGCAAAGCGAACUCUGGUUGGUCUCGUAAGAGACCUGAGAGGGAUAGCUUUCGCCUUCAAUGCCAAGACCAGCUUCAUGAUGCUGUUUGAGUGGAUAUAUCCAUCCUACAUGCCAAUUCUCCAGCGGGCAAUUGAGCUCUGGUACCAUGAUCCAGCUUGUACCACUCCUGUGCUCAAGCUGAUGGCUGAGUUAGUUCAUAACAGAUCCCAGCGACUCCAAUUUGAUGUCUCUUCCCCCAAUGGCAUCUUACUCUUCAGAGAAACCAGCAAGAUGAUAACAAUGUAUGGCAAUCGCAUCCUGACACUAGGAGAGGUCCCAAAGGAUCAGGUCUAUGCACUGAAGCUCAAGGGCAUCUCCAUCUGCUUCUCCAUGCUGAAGGCAGCCCUCAGUGGGAGCUACGUCAAUUUUGGAGUCUUCCGUCUCUAUGGAGAUGAUGCCCUGGACAAUGCUCUACAGACCUUUAUCAAGCUGCUCCUCUCUAUUCCCCACAGUGACCUCCUGGACUACCCCAAGCUCAGCCAGUCUUACUAUUCACUACUGGAAGUCCUGACCCAGGACCACAUGAACUUUAUUGCAAGUCUGGAACCUCAUGUCAUCAUGUAUAUUCUCUCUUCCAUUUCUGAAGGACUUACUGCACUUGACACCAUGGUAUGCACAGGCUGCUGCUCUUGCCUGGACCACAUCGUGACAUACCUCUUUAAGCAGCUGUCACGGAGCACCAAGAAGAGGACGACACCCCUGAACCAGGAGAGCGACCGCUUUCUGCAUAUCAUGCAGCAGCAUCCAGAGAUGAUCCAGCAGAUGCUGUCAACGGUGCUGAACAUCAUCAUCUUUGAAGACUGUAGGAACCAGUGGUCAAUGUCCCGGCCCCUACUUGGCUUGAUACUACUUAAUGAAAAGUAUUUUUCUGACCUAAGGAACAGUAUCGUGAACAGCCAGCCACCAGAGAAGCAGCAGGCUAUGCAUCUGUGUUUCGAAAACCUGAUGGAAGGCAUCGAGCGAAAUCUUCUUACGAAAAACAGAGACAGGUUCACCCAGAACCUGUCGGCAUUUCGUCGAGAAGUCAACGACUCGAUGAAGAAUUCCACUUAUGGCGUGAAUAGCAAUGAUAUGAUGAGCUGACACCUCCUUGGACUCUACCUGUACAGAGCAGCGCCCUUUGGUCUGGCCCAGAGGGGCAAACAAUUACAAGGGAGAGGGCCUGGCUGACCCUGGCUCCCUCCUCCAGGGGUGUGGGGAAAAUGGCAGAGUCACCUGGCUACUUCCCCAGGGAAUAGGGGUGUGAGUGCACUCACUAGGGGGCAGGGCGCUGCUGGUUCCUGGGGGUUGGGUGGGAAGGGUGGUGGGAGGAGAUAGAGACACAAAUGUGUGAGACUCCAGCCCCUCCUCCUGGGGCCACCCCAGGGGGCGGGGGGGAACCCCCAGUGUCCUGCCACAACCUGCCUUGUAUAAACAUGUACAUUUUUUCAUAACAUUUUGAACAAGGUUUAUAUUGACUCAAGUUUAAAAACAAAAAGUGUGACUGAAAAAUUUUUACAGAGUCUAGUGCACCAAUGCUGAUGUGAGGGGUUGUGUAUGCGAGUGAGGAAAAAAUGUGUAUUCUGGUGGCCUGAAGCUUUACUGGACGAGGAUGUGUGAACGUGCAGAGAUAUAUUUAGUGACACAGUGUAGAGAGGCAAAAAAAAAAAGUAAAAAUUCCAAAUGUAUAUUUUUUCUUAUUGCCCUUUCCUUGCCCCCAAAAUUAUCACUUCCUGUUACUGUAUUACCCUUGUUAUUAGGAACUCUAAGCCAUGUGGAGCACCAUCCUUCCCCUUCAACCAUAGAUGCUGCCCUAGGUCCCUCGGCCUCUUGCAGUGACAGACAACUCCAGCUAAAAGUGUUUGGUGUUCUAGCUUCAUCCCUUUUCCCCACUUUGCUUAUCCUCAUCCUCAGACAGAUGCCUCUUGCUUUUACAAGUCAGAUGUAAUUCUAUGAUUUAGGGUUCUCGGUCUCUGUAAAGGUAGAGACCAGAGAGAAGGAAUUGAGCCAGCUGCUCUCCUGGUGAGCGAUUUGGAUGAGUCCACCAGAGGCCCAGUUGCGUGGCCGAUAACUUUGAGUCUUCCCCAGCCCUUGAGGCAGUGUGUGUGGAUGUGUGCGCGUGGAUAUUUAUAUAUGUACCCUGCACUCGUGAAUGUAUGAACUGGAGGAAGUUACUACAGUGGAGGGGUUCUUAAUAACAAGGUCUGCCUAGCAUGAAGUAUUUAACAAUCUCCCACCCCUUUAAAAAUAUACAUUUUUAUAAAAUGAAAACCAUAAUAAAUGUUUUGAAUAUUAAAAAAAAUUAACCUACAGAAGAAAAUUAAUGGAGAAAGCUAUUUGCCUUGUACUUUUUCCACAAUUGCUGCCGCUAGUUGUACGCAUCUCUAGUUCAGCUCUUGCCCAUGGGACACUCACCAUCAAUUAGGUUUUAUCUUUAUUUCUCUCCUCUGCCCCCAAAAACAAGCCUGUUAAUUUUUUUUUUUUUCCUUCUCCUCUGGCGACUGUGUGGUGAAUCCUUUCUUGCGUGAUCAGGUUGCGGAUAGACUUGUAAGGGUGUUUGCUGCAUACAGUGUAAGCAUUGUGACCGCCAAUAAACUUCAAUGGUUUCUACUGA